CUUCUCGGCCAUAGAAUGCUUCCUAGAAACUGUCCCGAUCUGGGUCUCCGGAGAAGUGACAUGAGAUAGCACGUCACCUACCAGUCGAUCCUUGUCAACCAUGAGUAUACUAGUGUAUGAUUCCAAAUAAACGCGUGCGGCGGCCCUCACGAUCUGAUGUGAUGUGAAGUUAAGAGACCACAAGCGAACUGCUGGGUGGAAAUAUACCUCCAGUCCCCGCACAGUGAUGUCUUUCUCAUCGUGGAGACCAAGGCCGAUGAGAUAGAACAUCGUCAACCUCGUCCGGAAGAGCAGCUAAAAAAUCAGCUGAAGGAUUGCCCGAUUUGGUUCCGAUGUCCGAAGCACGCGCUUCCUUAUCACUACUAGUACUACUAUGGCUACUACACAAGAAGAGCAAGUCACUAUCAAAGCGGGAGAUACGAUCCCCAACGGAACGUUCUCCUACGUGCCAUACAGCCCAGAACUUGCCGAUGGGCGUGCCUGUGGCGUGCCCGUCAAACUAUCUACUGAUGACUGGAAAGGGAAGAAGGUCGUCCUCUUUUCCGUUCCAGGUGCCUUUACUCCAACUUGCCAUGUCUCGCACUUACCUGGAUUUGUAAAGGGUUAUGACGCGAUAAAAGAGAAAGGUGUCGAUGUGGUUGCCUGUGUCGCGUUCAAUGAUGCUUGGGUGAUGUCUGGCUGGGGGAGAGUCGAAGGUGUCGAUGACAAGAUCCUAAUGCUUUCAGACGCAAACGCAGAAUGGAGUGCGAAGCUGGGGCUCAAGAGUGGAGAGAGAACGCGGAGGUAUGCUCUCAUAAUCGAUGACCUGGUGGUUAAGAGCGUCGGGGUAGAGACUCGCCCUGGAGUGAACGUCUCUGGCGCCGAGCACAUCCUAGCACAUUUGUGA